AUAAAUGCAAAGUCCCUACUAGGUAGCUAGAUAGCUAAAGCUUAGUCUUCUUUUGGGUCGUCUACCACUGCUUUCCUUUGACCUAAUUAACCUUUUUCUUUUUCUUCUCGUCCCCUCUCUCUCUCAGCAAAACGAAAUUACAAACUCCUACAGAAGUUGAAGUUGAAUUACCCAAUUUAUAUAUAAGCACACUGUCGUUGUUGCCGCUGCUUCUUCAAAUUCACCACCACCGCUGCUGCUGCUGCUGCUGCGGCCGCCAACAUCAAUAUGAAGAAAACAGAGUUGAAAGUAAACAUAAAUUGCCAGAAAUGCCAGACGGCUGUGCUGAGAUCCAUCACCAAACUUCCAGGGGUGAACGAGGUAGCGGUGGACGGGGAGAAGAGGACGGUGACGGUGCUGGGGAGAGUGGAUCCCGUGAAGGUGGCGUCCGCCGUGAGGAAGACGGGCAAGAUGGCAGAGAUACUGACCGUGGGUCCUCCUAAGCCGCCGGACACGAAGCCCAAUGUGCCCUCUGAACCCCCCAGGUCUCUCCCUGUCACUUGCAACGACUGUCGGGGCGUCGUCGUCGAAUUUGUCAAUCAACACGACUCCCCUGCUUUCUGUUCCAUCCUCUGAUUCUCAUCUCAUUCAUUUUCAUCCCAAUCCAUCCAUCCAUCCAUCCAUCCCACCCUUCAACCAAGCCUUGCUCAUGCAUGCAUCAUGGCAAUGGGCUCAUACAUGCAUCCAAGCAUGUGUACGGUUGACAACUAUUUGUAGGGAUCUCAUCCUAUCAUUAUUUUUAAUAAAUUUUUUCUUAAUUGUUAA